AUUUUCUCUCUAUCUAUCUCCCACAAUAUAUAUCUAUCUACAAACAUGCCUGAGGCUCCAAAGAUGAUAUAUGAUCACUCUUCCAUGAAUAUUGACUACACUCUUUCUCAGAAAAACAAAACAACUCUUGACUUUAUUGAAGAUGUCACCUCCAACCCGGACCAAGUCCAACAACAAAUCCUCUCCGAUAUCCUUACGAAAAAUGCAAAUGUCGAAUACCUUAAACGCCAUGGUCUUUUUGGUCAUACCGACCGUGACACUUUCAAAAAACUUAUUCCCGUUAUCACUUAUGAUGACCUCCAACCCGAUAUUGCUCGUAUUGCCAAUGGCGAUAAGUCCCCAAUUCUUUCGUCUAAACCCAUUUCGGAAUUUUUAACUAGCUCGGGGACGUCGGGCGGGGAGAGGAAACUCAUGCCAACGAUUGAAGACGAGCUCGAAAGAAGAUCAUUACUAUAUAGUCUUCUAAUGCCGGUUAUGAACCAAUUUGUGCCGGGUUUAGAUAAAGGAAAAGGGAUGUAUUUCUUGUUUAUUAAAUCCGAAUCCAAGACUCCGGGAGGGUUAGUAGCCCGACCCGUUUUAACCAGUUACUACAAAAGCUCUCAUUUUAAACAAAGACCAUACGACCCGUAUACAAACUACACCAGUCCGAACGAAACCAUUCUCUGUCCUGAUUCUUACCAAAGCAUGUAUUCCCAAAUGCUUUGUGGGCUUUGUUUGAAUAAAGAAGUUCUUCGGGUUGGGGCGGUUUUUGCUUCGGGGUUCAUUCGGGCUAUCCGGUUUUUAGAGAAAAACUGGACCGUUUUGUGUCACGAUAUCCGAACCGGAACUUUGAACCCCAUCAUAACAGACCCUUCUGUUAGGGAAGCUGUGGGUCGGAUUCUGAAAUCCGACCCAAAGCUAGCUGAUUUUAUCGAGUUUGAAUGCUCGAAAAAAUCAUGGCAAGGGAUCAUAACUAGGAUUUGGCCCAACACGAAAUAUAUCGAUGUUAUAGUCACUGGGACUAUGUCACAAUACAUACCAACUCUUGACUACUAUGGAAAUGGUCUUCCUCUUGUUUGCACAAUGUAUGCUUCGUCCGAAUGUUAUUUCGGGGUUAAUCUUAACCCUCUUUGUAAGCCUAGUGAAGUGUCAUACACCCUUAUUCCGAAUAUGGCCUAUUUUGAGUUCCUUCCCGUUCAUCGCAACAAUGAUGUCACUAGUUCAAUCUCCAAGCCCAAAUCACUCAAUGAGAAAGAACAACAAGAGUUGGUUGAUCUUGCGGAUGUUAAACUCGGUCAAGAGUACGAGCUCGUUGUCACCACUUAUGCUGGACUUUAUAGGUAUAGAGUUGGUGAUUUGUUGAGAGUUGCCGGUUUCAAGAACAAAGCCCCUCAAUUCAACUUCAUAUGUAGAAAGAAUGUGGCCUUAAGUAUCGAUUCUGAUAAAACCGAUGAAGUUGAGUUACACAAAGCAGUCGAGAAUGCGGUGAGUCAUUUGAUGCCAUUCGAUGUCACCUUAAACGAGUACACAAGCUAUGCGGACACAACUACAAUCCCGGGCCACUAUGUAAUCUUUUGGGAGUUGAGCGUGAACGAAUCCACCCCGAUUCCACCAUCAGUCUUUGAAGAUUGUUGUCUAGCUAUCGAAGAAUCACUCAACAGCGUUUAUAGGCAAGGGCGUGCUUCGGAUAAAUCAAUUGGGCCAUUAGAAAUAAAGAUUGUGGGAAACGGGACGUUUGAUAAGCUUAUGGACUACGCCAUCAGUUUAGGUGCGUCAAUAAACCAGUACAAGACCCCACGAUGCGUGAAGUUUGCACCGAUCGUGGAGCUAUUGAACUCGAGGGUUGUGUCGAGUUACUUUAGCCCAAAGUGUCCAAAAUGGGUUCCGGGACAUAAGCAAUGGGGCAAUGUUAAUUAGGGAAAGUUUAGUUAGAACCAAAAAAAAAAAAAAUGAAUGGCAAGCUAGUAAGGAUGAUCAUUUGUCAUGUUACUUUGGUCGUUUAUUAAUUGUUGGAUUAGGCAAUGUACAUUAUUAAAAAAAAAAAAACAAUUUGAAGUUUCUUGUAACGUUCCUAAA